CAGGAAUGAUAUUGUGCUCAUUGAUCAUAAUUAAACACAUUCUGUUGUGAGUUUGUGAGUGAGAUGACGGAGGCUUUGGGACAGGACUAGUCCACCCCCCACCCCUCUCUCUCUCCCGCUCACACACACACACACACACACACAGUGUCCCGCAGCUGGAAGAGUUUCUCCGCGCUGUGAUGAGGCUCCGUGGCUCCGGGGAGCGGCGGAGGGAGACGGGAGAGACGGCGGAGGAGGCGCGCGGAGGCCGUGGAGGGGCUCCGGAGACGGAGAAACCGAGAGAGAGAGCGAUGGCGGCGGGAGGAAUCACCACGCUUCCCGCUUUACCGGAGGACGGCGCCAGCGGAGGCUUUCCCCCGGUGAACUUCAAGGAGCCCAAGCGGCUUUACUGCAAGAACGGCGGCUUCUUCCUCCGGAUCCACCCCGACGGGCGAGUGGACGGCAUCCGCGAGAAGAGCGACCCGCACAUUCGGCUGCAGCUCCAGGCCACGGCCGUCGGUGAAGUGGUGAUCAAAGGGAUCUGUGCGAACCGUUACCUCGCCAUGAACGCAGACGGACGACUGUUCGGGACGAGAAGAACAACAGAUGAAUGCUAUUUCCUGGAGAACCUGGAGUCAAACAACUACAACACGUACCGAUCCCGAAAGUAUCCCGACUGGUACGUGGCUCUGAAGAGAACAGGCCAGUAUAAAUCGGGCUCGAUGACCGGCCCGGGCCAGAAGGCCGUCCUGUUUCUGCCCAUGUCAGCCAAGUGCUGAUGGAGAGAUGCUGUCAAACACAAACCAACCUUACACCGAGACACGAUGAGCUCAUCCGGGCCGGAAAAACAUUUCCAUCUAGGAACGCUUCCCAAAGAGAAGCACUUGGAGAGGAGUUCAGGGUUUAUAAGUUCAUGUUCAAUCACCGAUAUCCUCAGAAGAGACUCCAAAUCCCACCAAAACCAUUCUUAAAUACUCUUAUUACUCCACUAUAAUUACUCGAGCAAAGGCAUAGGGUUGGUUCGGAGAGUCACUGAUCUCUCGCAGGAAUGUUUUCCGUUCGACUACAAAAUGUGAGUUGACUCUAAUGCUGCUUCUUUAUGGAAAACGCUCGUAUAUGCAAGUAUUUCUAGACUGUAUUUUAGAGAAAGGGAUUUGCAAAUGCAACGGUUUGCUUCGAUGAAGGGAUUCAUAGUACACCGUGAAUGUUUUUCGUAAAACUUUAUUCUGUUUCUCAUAUAUAAGGUCUUAGCUGAGAAGAACAGUCAUUGUGCGAGCGACAGUAAGAUUAACAGUAACAGUCUUUUUGGGGUUUUUUUUGUUAAUUUUUCUAAAAACUCAAAAGGUCCAGGCAGAUUAUGUGAGGUAGUGUAUUAUAAAGUUAUCAAACUGGUCCAUCUGCAACACACUCUUGGAAAUAAAGGAACAUUUGAGCUGUUUUUAAAAUACUCCAUUCAUUAUAGCACCUGAAGUAAUUCUGGUGUGAAUCUCAUGAAGAAGUCAUGCGUAAAAUACAGAAAUUUAAGUCUUUCUUCUUAGUGCUGUUAUUGUGAAAAAUGUCCAGCUAUUACAAAUAUUAUUGUGAUAUAUAUAUUUAAUUCAAAGGUCAUUUAUAAUAUAUACACAAUUGUAUUUAAUUAUAUGUUUUUGCAUGUCACAGUAAGUUACUUAGAAAUGCAAAAACAUGGCUUCAUUUUCAUUAUUCAAACAUCUCUGUUUUGAUUUUUAGGUCAAAUAAGACCCAGAUAUUUCUUAGAUAUUUUAAAGAUCGAGUCUUCGUGAGAUUUAAAGCAUUUCCAGUUCAUAAUGUGACCUUUAUUUUGAAGAGUGCCUUGUAAAAAUUAAUAAAUCAAAAUGUAUUUUUGCUUUAUUUUCAAGUACAAAUACAUUAUCUGUUUUAUUUUUGUCAGUACACUUAAAAAAAAAAAAAAAAAUCAGGACACAUUUAGAGAUACAUAAUGACCUUAGAUUAUUAGGUUUUGUUUUCUGAAAAAAAAAAAAAUAAUAAUAAUAAUAAAAAUAAAAAUCAAGUUUUCUGAAAAUAAAAAAAAAUAUAAGAGGAAUCUUGUUUUCCCUUUAAAUAAAGUUUAUUUUCCGGACCCCACUGAAUUUAGGUUUUAAGCAUAUGCAUUCAUGUAUUUUUUCAGAAAACAAGACUAGCCCUGGUUUCACAGACAAGGCUUAAGCUAAAGUCUAAAUUUAAGAGAGCAAGAAACUUGCACUCACUGAUCUUAAAAUAUAUCAGUCUUUGUUUGGAUGCACAUCAGUAUUAUCUUUUUUCUAAGGCACGCUUAUAAAAACACUUUACAUAUCCUAAUUAAACUGUGUCUUAGU